AUUCUGCAUCAAUAUUUGUUCUGGCUUUAUUUAAAUUCAUAAAGGAAACUAACUAUGAAAAUGGAGAGUGGAUUACAUGUUCGAUUUGCGUGAGUACGCACAUUUUGGGAAAAUUAUAUCCCGACCAUGUGAUUAUUAGUAAUAAUUGAAAAUGGUUUUUAAAGGAAAAGAAACCUGCAAUUAUCACGUAUCAUCAGUUCAAAUAAUUUUUCAUAGAAUAAACGUUACAGUUUAAAGAAAGCAUGUCAGAAGAAACGGGUAAUGAAGAUGUUUUACAAGAGGAAACAGUCAAAAAUGAUAAUGUAGAUAAUAAUGAUGAUGUAAAUGAAUUAACAGAUAAUUCUGGAAAUGAUAUUGAAGAAAUUGUACGCACUUUCAUCAACAACACCCUUGAUAAAUUCAUAGAAAUCAAUUCGAAACGAAAUAGUAUAAUAAGCACUUCUAGUAAACUGAAUCGAUCUAAUGAUGAAAAUGGAAUGGAUUUGUUAAGAAAGGAAGUACAAUCAGUUCGUCAUAAUGUUGAAAAAUUAGAUAAACACUUAAAACUACAUUUGACGCAACAAACUAAUUGUGAAGAGAAAUUAUCAACAUUAGUAGUAAAACUGAAUGAAUUUGAAAAUACUUCAAAACCUACAUUGAAACAAAAUCGUGCAAGUUUUGAUUGCCAAGAUACAAAACGAAAAACUGAAAGAGAUCUUAUUGAAAAGAAUUCUGUUGGAACAUCAAUGGAUGAUUUAAUAAAAACUGAAGAAAUGAAUUCACUGAUUAAAAGAAGGCAGUCACAAACCAAAUCACUUUCUAACAAUAAAAACGGAACAAGAAAAUUGUCCCAUGAAUAUGUCGAUAAUAAUAAUCAUAACAGAACAAACAAUGAAGAGGAUGAGUGGUAUACAAGACAAUUGGAAGAAAUUCAACACUUAACCAUAAAUGAAAUACUUCAACGUAUAUUGCACUGAAAAUUAUGUUGUUG